CCCGCCCGUCCGUCCAUGGCGGCGGCGACCGCCGCCAUCAGCCGGACCAGCGCGGCGGCGGUGGCGGGCAACAACAGCAGCGAGUUCCGCUUCUUCCUGUCCUGCGACAUCAGCCUCCCCCUCACCUUCCGCGUCCUCCAGGCCCCCAUCCCGCCUCCCGCUCAAGACGGUCUCGACAAGAAGGUCUCCGAGCUCUUCGUCGAGUGCAAGCUCUACAUCGACGGAGUCCAGUUCGGCCUCCCAGUCAACACUAGGCUCGAAUCGUCAGGCCCGCCGUACUGCUGGAACGAGCUCAUCACCCUGUGCACCAAAUACAGGGACCUGACCUCCCUCGCGCAGCUCGCCUUCACGGUUUGGGAUGUGUCGUCCGGUGAGGGAAGCAGCGUCGUCGGUGGAGCCACCAUAUUCCUUUUCAACAGCAAGAAACAGCUUAAAACGGGGAGGCAGAAGCUGCGGCUGUGGCCCCAAAAGGAGGCGGACGGAAGAGUACCCACCAUGACCCCUGGCAAGGUUCCUAAGAAUGAGCGAGGCGAGAUAGAGCGGCUGGAGAGGCUUGUUAACAAGUACGAGAGAGGGCAGAUACAGCAUGUCGAUUGGCUUGACCGUCUUGCCUUCAGUGCUGUGGACAGAGUUAAGGAGAAGGAGUGCGAGAGGCUGGAGAACUCGUUCCCUAGCCUAGUUGUUGAAUUCUGCAGUUUUGAACACAGAGUUGUCUUCCAGGAAUCUGGAGCGAAUUUCUAUGCACCAGCCCCUGUAUCAUUAUCAAAUGAGCUUGUUACCGUGUGGGAUCCUGAACUUGGACGGACCAAUCCAUCUGAGCACAAGCAGUUAAAGCUUGCUAGGAGUUUAACUCGUGGAAUUAUCGACAAAGAUCUGAAACCAAGCUCAAAUGAGCGCAAACUUCUUCAAAGAAUCAUCAAAUAUCCUCCUACGCGCGAUAUACAGGCGGACGAGAAGCAAUUGAUUUGGAAAUUCCGUUUCUCUUUGAUGUCUGAGAAGAAAGCUCUUACAAAGUUUGUCCGCUCAGUGGAUUGGAGUGAUAUCCAGGAAGCUAAACAAGCUAUUGAAUUGAUUGGGAAGUGGGAAACAAUUGAUGUGGCUGAUGCAUUAGAGCUUCUCUCACCAGAUUUUAAAAGCGAGGAAGUUCGUGCCUAUGCUGUGAGCGUACUCGAAAGAGCUGAUGAUGAAGAAAUGCAGUGCUAUUUACUCCAACUGGUGCAAGCUCUUCGAUUUGAAAGAUCAGACAAGUCUUGUUUGGCACACUUUCUUGUAAACCGUGCUUUGUCAAACAUUGAAAUCGCUAGUUUCCUUCGCUGGUAUGUGGUCGUUGAACUCCAUAAUCCUGCAUAUGCAAGACGAUACUACAGUACAUAUGACAUGCUUGAAGAUGAAAUGAUGAAAAUGGUUGCUAGGGAGGAUGGAGAUGAAGAUGGGUUUCGACUGUGGCAGAGUUUAUCACGCCAAACAGAACUUACUGCUCAGUUAUGUUCUAUUAUGAAGGAUGUAAAAAAUGUUCGUGGUAGUGCACAAAAGAAAGUCGAGAAAUUGAGACAAUUGUUGUCAGGAGUUUUCAGUGAGCUUACUAACUUUGAUGAGCCAAUUCGUUCACCAUUAGCACCUAAACUUCUCCUUACUGGCGUUGUGCCUCAAGAGUCAUCUAUAUUCAAGAGUGCCUUAACUCCAUUGCGCCUUACAUUUAAGACGGCAAGUGGGGGAGCAUCCAAGAUAAUUUUCAAAAAGGGAGAUGACCUCCGCCAAGAUCAAUUGGUUAUUCAAAUGGUCUCUUUAAUGGACCGGUUGCUCAAAUUAGAAAAUAUGGACUUGCACCUUACCCCAUAUCGAGUUCUUGCAACUGGACAAGAUGAAGGGAUGGUUGAAUUUAUACCUUCCGCUUCACUUGCACAGAUUUUAUCAGACCAUCGCAGUAUUACAAGUUACCUCCAGAAGUUCCAUCCUGACGAAGAUGGUCCUUUUGGUAUAACUGCCCAGUGCUUAGAAACUUUUAUCAAAAGUUGUGCUGGUUACUCUGUCAUAACAUAUAUUAUGGGUGUUGGAGACAGACAUCUAGAUAAUCUUCUUCUAAGAGAUGACGGGUGCCUUUUCCAUGUGGAUUUUGCUUUUAUUCUGGGUCGAGAUCCAAAGCCAUUUCCACCCCCAAUGAAACUAUGCAAAGAAAUGGUCGAGGCCAUGGGUGGCGCAGAAAGCCAAUACUAUACGAGAUUCAAGUCCUACUGCUGCGAAGCAUACAACAUCUUAAGGAACAACAGCAGCCUUAUUUUGAAUCUCUUCAAGUUGAUGGAAAGAUCAAAUAUUCCAGAUAUCUCGUCCGAUGAAAAUGGAACCCUUAAGCUUCAGGAGAAAUUCCGGCUGGAUCUGGAUGAUGAGGAGGCUAUACACUUCUUCCAGGCUCUUAUCAACGAGAGUGUUAGCGCCUUGUUCCCUCAAAUGGUUGAGACCAUCCAUAGAUGGGCUCAAUAUUGGCGAUGACCACAUCUUUUUUUUAUAGAUGCAGACUAUUAGCAAAUAACAAUGGAUGUCAAGCAGAGACCUUAAAUGCUCAUCUCCACCCACCUGGAUACUUCUAACUUGUUUGGCUGGAAAGCGUAAAUUUGUGAAUAUGAUUGUAUCUAACUUUGCUUGUGUAUAGUGUAAUCAGAAGAAUAUUUGUGAAUACGUGUUUAUAACAAAAGGGUGCUGAUGCUUGAUGGCAUGGUAGUACAAAUGUAAUGCAAAUGACACGAACGCCGGUGAGAGCUGUCAAAUUAUUGUGUUAUGGCCCACAAAGAUAACAAAAACUGAGACAUUUCUCAGUGCAGAGGUGUUUUCUGCCUAGCUUUC